CUUUUUUACUUGACUCAAGAUUUGAACUUGAAAUUUUCAACUUUGAGUUCGAACUUGAAAUUUUCAACUUUGAGUAUCAAGCUCCUAACUUUUGAAUCACUUCAUUAGAGUUAAGAGUAAACUCUUUUAUCAUCUAAAUUAUUGACUCUUUGAGGUUUUCCGUUUGGUGAAUUGCAAUCUCUUCACGCCUAUUGCCGCCGAUAUAGAUAUGUGCACUUCCGGUGGAAGUGAUGCUGAAUCUCGUGAAGAAAUUGUUGAGCUUUUGGACCCCAAAGAUAAUGAGCACUGCCGCAAUGAGGAAUCAAUGAGAGCAAAAUCUGAAGGAAAAUUCAUUCACAGGCUUCUCGGAAAGUUUCCGGUCCUGGAUUUUCGCCGGAAUCUGCAAUUGAAUCAGGCAAGUCCUUCUUCCCUUCAUUAGGAUUAAUUUUUGGGUCAGAGGGAAUAAUGUAUACUUUCCAAUUGAAUGCUUUGACUUCCCCAUUUAACUGUGGAAUGGGAAUAUGAAUUUGAAAAGGGAAAAACAGUACCAAUUCCACAUUAAAGAAACAAACUCUUGGUGGAAAUGAAAAUGAAUCAAAAGAUUUUUUUUUUCCCCCUCUUUGAAUUCCCAUGUUUGGGGAUUUAUUCAUGAAGCUGUAUGGCUGUUUGGGUGGUUCUGUGGGUUCCACUUUUUCUGGGCAUUAGCAAAAUCCUAAAUUUCAGAACUUCUGUCAAUGUGAUUUUGACUUUUACAUUUUGUAUCCCUAGAAGUUGAAGAAUCUCAUUGAAAGUGACUGGAUUUUGGUUUGAUUUGGUUCGAUUUGAUUUGCAGAUAUAUUCCUUCAUAAAUUUUGUUUUUCUCA